AUGCCAAAACGAAUGAAAACAUCGAAUAAGAUCACAAUACUAGAUCUUCCAGAUAAAGCUUUAGAGCUAAUUGCGUCAAAUCUUUCCCAAAUUGAUACUUUAGAACUACAGCAGUCUAAUAAAAGGUUCAGGACUGCGUGCAGGAAACGCUUAUACCACAAGAUCGUGUUUUGUGAGGAUUCGGGUGACCAUUUUCUAUUUAAGCUGGCAGAUGCAGCAAAAUACACCAUUGUAUCAGGGAAAAGAGUUGCCUUUUUUUUUCUACAACAUCGAAAACUUUCAACAACUGAACAAUCUGAAACACUAGAUUAUAUCCAAGAACUCGUUUACUAUGAUCAUGAAGAUUUAAAGGAUGAUGUGAUUAAAAAAAUCAUGAAUGAAUUUUGGCAUGAUGUGAUGAAUCAAUUACAUAACUUGAAAUCAUUCAUAGCUCCAAGGCUCCCGCUACAAAAAUUAAGAUUAUUGGAUACAUCAAGGAUCACAAAAUUGUCCAUAGGUAUUCACAAAGUGAGUGAUGAGUCCAAAAAUCUUUUCCAGUUGCAUUUACCUGAGCUCAAAUCACUUGCCAUCAAUUUUUUUUAUCACGAAAAAAGAGAUAUAUUCUUCGAUCAGGCUGCUUUAUCGACUCUCAUCAAAGCUUUAAUUAAUGGUGACUCUAAAGUAAAUACAAAACUAGAGGUUUUAAAGAUAAACGCGUUAGUUGGUUGGCAAGACGAACACACAAUAUCGGAACUAAAGAGGCAGGAAAACAUCCUUGAAGUCACAAGUUUAUUUUCAUCUUAUUUUUGGGGUUCAGCUACUAAUGUGAAAUUAUCUUAUAGAGGUACAGACUUCAAAGCAUGCUACAAAGAGUAUGUUUCUGAAUUGAUUGAUUCUCCUGAUUCUGGUGCAAAUUUACCACUAGAAAGGAUUAUCCAAGAAGAAAAUAACGAAAUAUUCCAACAUCCUAUGGUUGCAACAAGUGAAUCUGCAAACACAAACAGGGAUGAUAUCUCUAAAGAUGAUUAUCCGGAGCUUGAGGAUGAGCCAUAUAUGUUUGAUGAUCAAGUUUUAGACUAUGUAAUUGAAAUGGAUCGAGUUGCAAAUGUGACACUGAAAACAGCAGGAAAAAAACCAAAUUAUUCAUAUUCUAGAAGUAUUCACGAAGUCUCUUUUAUGGAAAUUUUAUCGGAUGUAUUGAACACUUUAUUUGAGGAGAAAAUUAUUUUGCCGAACGUUAAAACACUAAAUUUUUCAAAUAUGAAUUUAAACGCAGAGACAUUCUAUAGAUAUGAAACACCAGCAGUUGAUGCUUUUAAUUUUGUCUUCCCAAAUUUCUACGAAACGAUAGAGAGGUUAUCGUUGAAUGAUCUGUUUGAAAAUCCAUAUAGAAAAUUUGAUAACACUAAUCGUGCUUACUUUAUUCCUUAUGAUUCAGAACCCAAAUUUGACAUGAAAUUAGAAGUAUUUGAGAAAACACAUAUGUUCUUAUCUGGCUUGAUUGACACUCAAAAACCUUUCAAUAGAUUGAAAAGCCUUAAAUUCUUUUGUUUUCCAAGAAAAUCUCAAAUACAUGAUAUGGAUUGGAAUGAUGAGGUUAUUGAUUAUUCCGGGGAAGAGCUUGAUAAUAUGUUGUCAUAUGAAGAUAUGUUGAUUCAAUUCACACCUCAGGCCCCAUAUUUAGAAGAACUAAAUAUUGUCACAUCAGUUGAAUUUGGACUUAAAGAAUUCUAUAAGGUUAUUUUGAAAUUACCUGCAAAGAAUAAACUAGAGAGAAUAUCCUUCAUUUCACCUGAUAUGAUCACCACAUACUUGGCCAAAAUUUCAAAUGUGAAAGUUUUCAAAAAAUUUAAAGAAUAUUCCAAUCUUUACAAUAUCACAAAUUAUCAAGGUCUGAUCAAUAAAAUACUUAUUGAACACUUUAUAGAGGCAUUUAAGGUUGAUGAUUAUGAGGACUCACAAGUUUUAAGUUUCAAGAACGAUCAAGAUGCUCUGUUCUUUGCCAGUGAGUAUAUUUAUUUAUUCGGAAAUGAAGUGAAGGAAUUCUUCAAGAUUUGUUCAAAAUUGGAGAAGUUCAAGUUUUUUGGCUUUACAUUUGAUAGAAGCUCGCUCAAACUUUAG